AUGCCCAGGACCGACUCCGCUCCUCAGGGCACUCAUGGCGUGUUCGGGUCUGCCCGGUCAUGGUUUGGGCCGAACAAGCCCCCGCCCUUCACGCUGAUCGACUUCAACGUACAGAACUUGUUCCCCAUCCGCCUGACCCUGGCCCGCGACGCCUUGCUGCCAUCGCGCGUGGGAAUCCGCAAGGACGUGGUGCUCCUGGACCUGAUCAGGAUGAGAGCCAAGGCAGACCUCACCCUCCCCGAUGGUCGGUUCAUCUAUGGAUUUUCAUGCAAGGACACCAUUUUCAACGGCCAGUUCAGCGUCAACAUUCCGGCCAAGGCGUUGGAGUACAGGAAGCGCAUCGGCCUCCCAAACGGCCUGUACCUGUCCGCCAACGCGGGUGUGCAGCAUGUGGGCACCAGCCUGCGGCAGUCGGUGCGGGAGCAGUUUCGCCCUUUCCUGGGGGCCCACCUGCAACUGGGCGGGAGCGCCAGCAACGACGACGUCGUGUUCGGCGGGGCUGGCGGCCUGUCCUGGAAACAGAGAAUACCCGUGCCCAUGAAGCUGGCGGGGCUUCGGGCCCCGCGGGCUGCCGUGGAGGCCUACACCAAUGUGAAGCUGCCAUCCCUGACGACGCUGCAGAGCCUGGAUGGGGACAACGCCUUUGAGCAGCCGUACGGCCUGCAGGCUGAAUCAGGCCAGGCGCUGACGGUGCACAUUGAUCACUACAACCUCGUCUUCGAACUCUGA